GCUGGCCCAUGAGGCGUACCUGCGCGUUUCGCCACGAACUGGACGCGGUGAGCGUCCAAUAGGAGGAGCUCUCACCUCAAGUCAUACUCGCCCUAAAAAAAGAGCCAUACUCACCGACCAGAGAUCGCCGGUCAUCUCCCCACUUCGCCGGCCACCACCCCCGCUCGAUCCCUUUCCCAACCAACGCAUCCACUGCUCCUCCAGCCGGGCAGAGCGGAGGCGGCCGCUCGCGCGCGACGGCGGGUGCCGGCCACCUCCCCCAACCCUUAACCUCCCCAGUCCCCACCUCGCCGGCCACCGCCCCCGCACGGUGCACGCCCGCCUCCUCUCCACUUCUCUGCGGACGUCGCUCGCCGUCUCUGUUUCCUGCCGAUCUCACUUCACCAUCGACAGCAGGCCUACGUAUGGCGGCCAGACGCAACAUUCCUUAUUCUGUUCUUCCUACAGAGGACAGGGAUGAGGACAAUAUUGACCGUCGGUUCACAUACACCCCAAAAUCCUUGAGGAGGAUCCCAUGGAAGUCGAUUGCCCUAGCCUUAUUCCUCCUCUUCCUGGGAAGCUCUCUUCUGUUCCUUUCGUAUUUUAUAUUCACAGGUCACAUGGAGGGUGAUAGCACUCAGGUGUAUGGUCUAUUGUUCCUGGGUAUCCUUGCCUUUCUUCCUGAUCUUGAUCGUGUGACGUGUGGGGCGUUCGUUGGGGGCGUUCCUGGUGACCAUUCGCCAGGAUUUUAUGAGACCCGAGUUGCAUACUAUUCAUGGAGAGGAGCACCAGGCUACACCUUUGCAUCCAUUCCUGAUUAUUAGCCUUUGAUUUUAACUCAUCUACUGGGCAGUAAAGAUAAACAGCAAGAACAAAAAAAUGAAACUUCAUCGAGAAAGGAAUGAGCACGUAUUGUUAUGUUAGUACUGCAAGUAUUUGACAUGUAGGUGAAGCCACCUUCUGUUGACUCUGUUGUCACAUAAAGAUGUUUCGUCAGGCAAGCAAGACAUGUGCUGCAGAGCUAAAGCUGCUCUCUUGUGCUUUGCUUGCUUGUUCAUAGCUCUGUGGAUUGGUGUUUUGGAGUGACUUAAGAUAUUAGUGAUACGAUUUUAGUAUAUUAACCUGUAAAUAUAUAUUCUUAGGGCUUUGUUCUGUUUUGCUUGCUGAAGAGGCUAUAUUUUACCCCAUACUAAAUAUGUAGUUUCUAUCAAUUGCAUUAUCGUUUCAGUACUUUCUUUGGAUGCUGAUACUUGAACCGUAUGUAAGUAUGCCAAUUCUCAGCAAGAUUGUUAUGCAUUUUUAGUGUAGGACAAAGAUUGUAUUGCA